CUGAAAUCAGUACUGAGAGUGGAGGAAUCCGCCCAUCCCACAAAGAUCCACAAAGAGGAAAGUUUAGCGCAACCACAAGCACUGAAAUUUGGCAUUCUCAAAUCCAGUUGCUGAGGAAAUCUCGUGACAGCCACCAAGCUCCUGCGGUGGGAGUCUGUCCCAGGCUUGAACUUCCUGUUUCGUCCAGCAGGUGUCCACAGCACAGCCAACUCACAGUAGGCAUCAAGCAGGAGAGAGAUUCAUUGGAACAGCUUCAUAGGAAAGAAUUUCAGUCUGGGAACAGAAUGGCUCUGGUGGAAGAUAACAUCACCAUCGAUCCUGAAAGCACCUCCACUGAGCUUGUUCUAAGUAUAAGAGAAGUCGCUGUUGAAAUAAAAAGUAAGAAGGAAAUGAAAAAACAAAAGGAGGAAAUGCAUAGAAGCAUUUUAUGUGCUGUGUGUGCUCUGCUGAAUUCCCAAGGAGGCAAGAUCAGGGCUCAUAUUGAAAAUCAAGAACGUAAUUACAACAAACACGUAACAAAAGAUUUGGAGACCUCUUUCAAGGCUUUUCUGCCACUUGCUCAGAACCACCUAGACUUCAAACAGGAAGGACGUUGCUUUGUCAUCUCUGUGAAAUCAUGCAGUUUGGAUAACUCUGGUUUGAAGCCUGCCACCAUUGCAACCAAGUUGUACUUGAGAAAUGGGACCUCCUGUGUUCAAAUGGACUUGUGUACUGCUCUGCAAUUUUUCAAAGACCUGGAAGACCCUGGAUUGAGAUCUCCAAUGAAAACAAUGUUCUUUAACAAAAGGCCUGGGGAAGAUGUGCGAGAAGAACUCUGCAUCCACAAACAAGAGCUCCAUGUGCAAGAAGAGCUCCACGCGCAAGAAGAGCUGGAUGUGCAAGAAGAGCUGGAUGUGCAAGAAGAGCUGGAUGUGCAAGAGCUGGCUGCGGCUUUUUUUAACCAGGCAGAAGUCACAGAAGAAAAAUUCUCCUUUAGUGAAUCAAAAAAUGUUGAAUACAAAUCAUUCAAAACAAAAAAGUUGGUACAACGAGUUAAGGAAAUUCUCCCUAAAACUGUGUCUGCAUUUGCCAACACCGACGGAGGAUAUUUGUUCAUUGGUUUAGAUGAAGAAGAAAAGCAAAUAGUUGGUUUUGAAGCAAAGAAGAACACACUUGUUAAACUAGAGAGGGAAAUAGAGAAGUGCAUCCGAGAGUUGCCUGUCAUUCACUUCUGUGAGAAGCAGGAGAAGAUAAAGUACACAUGCAAAUUCAUCCCAGUCCUCAGGCCAGGAGCUGUGUGCUCAUAUGUGUGUGCACUCAGAGUGGAGAGAUUCUGCUGUGCUGUGUUCACUGAAGCGCCCGAGUCCUGGCACGUGGAAGACAGCUGUGUGAAGAGGUUUACCUCAGAGGAAUGGGUCAAGAUCUUAAUGUCUAGCAGGCAUUAAGGUCAGGAAGGGGGAUUAACAAUUAGAAUACAUUUAGCUUGGGAGGUUGGAAGACUUUCUCUUUGGAAUUUGAGACAAGAUCAUUAGUUCUGACUACUCAGUUAGUAAUCAACAGUGGAGCUGAAGUCUCAACUGCUCCUGCCACCUACCUGGGGCACAGAUCUCUCUCACCCUGGAUACUACAUCAGCCACCUCUGCUCCUGUGUAAAGACAGCGCAACAUCUCCCACCUGAGCUCCACUUCAGGCAGUAGGCAUUUCUUUGAGCAGUCUGUGCCUCGGUCGUUUGCUGUUUCUCUCCCCACCUUUUCCCAUUGACUCUUCUCCCUGAACUGUCCUCCCUUCCAGUCACAUUAUUAGACAACACAGAGCCCUAGAGUUUUUGAUGAAAAAAGUACCUUGCGGUGUGUCAGGUUUGGAAAGAAAAACCUCCACUGGGGCCAGAGCAGCACCAGCAACCCGGAGUCUGCGCAGUUCCCAGCAGCUGCUGCCAUCUCCUCCCAAGCUCACCAUUGCUUCACCAGCCUCUCACCUUCUUUUCCACAGCUUCUCAAUAAAUACAUAGAUCCACAAAUUAAAAACCUCAGCAAUGUGCUCCCAGGAAACAGUCUUCUUGUUGUUGCAUUUGCUGAUACUCCUGGCACUGCUGUGGCCUCCGCCAGGCUGGGCACCGACUGGGCUGAAGCAAUGUGCCUUCCACUACAGCCACCUACCAAAGCUCUGCUCCAGCUGCCUUCUAGCCCCAUCUGCAUUCGUUCUGGGUCCAAACUGGUGCAUGGAGUGGAGAGAAACUCAGGGAAGCAGGCUUGCUGCUCUGGAACCACUGAAGGGGCCCCACUUAAACAAUCUUUUAGGGAAUUUGGGCAUUGUCAAUCUGUCUGGCUACUUUCUGCUGAGCAGGGACACUGCAUCCUCGGGGGUAUUUACUGCAACAUUUCAGGGGGUCUCAGUGAA